AUCGACAUCCGAUCCCCUUUCUUUCAUCCCUUUUCUCUAUAGGAUGGAUACUUUCUUCUUGUCCCACGGAUCGCCGAUGCUCUCGGUCGACGAAAGCUUGCCGGCGAGGCAUUUCUUCGAGUCUUGGAGGUCAAAGGUGCUUCCGGCGGCGCCCACGGCUAUCCUCGUCGUCUCCGGACACUGGGAGACUGCUUCGCCCACCGUGAACGCCAUCGACGGAUCUAGCGACACCAUCCAUGACUUCUACAACUUCCCCAAACGCCUCUACGAGUUCAAGUACCCUGCGCCAGGCGCUCCCCACCUGGCAAGGAGAGUGAAGGAGCUGCUCCAGAAUGCUGGUUUUGAGCAUGUCAAAGAAGACAAUGCACGUGGGCUCGACCAUGGCGCAUGGAUACCACUGAUGCUGAUGUAUCCCGAGGCCGACAUUCCCGUUUGUCAGCUCUCAGUCCAGACACAGAUGGAUGUCACACACCACUUCAACAUGGGCAAGGCAUUGGCUCCUCUUAGGGAUGAAGGCGUGCUCAUAAUCGGCUCCGGCAGCGCCACUCACAACUUGAGAAUGCUAAGCAGGGAGAAUGGCCCUGUUGCGCAAUGGGCGUCCGACUUCGAUACCUGGCUCAAGGAGGCGCUUCUCAGUGGUAGAUACAAUGAGGUGAACAAUUACAUGGAGAAGGCACCUAAUGCUAGAAUGGCACAGCCAUGGCCGGACCACUUCUAUCCAUUGCAUGUGGCCCUAGGAGCUGCAGGGGAAAGGGCAAAGGCUGACUUGAUUCAUCAUAGCUGGUCAAAUUCUAAUCUUUCUUAUGCCUCAUACAGGUUUGUUGCUCCCAAAUGACCUGAAAUCACAUGUAUUUCAUAAUUAUCUUACAUGAAAGGCAUUUUUCUUCUGUUGUGUGUUCUAGGGUCACAUGCAUGUUCCCUAAUGCAUCUUACACCUUUGCCAUGUUUCAUGUGUGUGUGUUGUAGUACUACUUCUGUUUCUUCCUGUUUGCAUUGUUGAUGUUGUAAUCUGUUUCUAAACAAUCAGUUGCUUAAAAAUGUGUGAUUAUCCUAGAUCAUCUUAAAUA